AUUUUUAAAUGCGCAGUUAUAAACUUUAAGUUAUUUCAUGUUUUUAUUAUAUCCCUUAAAGAAAUGGUGUUUCUCUGAAUUAUUUGAUAUUGCCGGAAAACACGCAUUUGGGAAUGUAGUCACCUUUUGGGAAGAUGGUGGAUGUGGAUUUUUUGGUUCAGAGAUGUAUUUCGAGGGUUCAUUGUCUUUUUUUACUGAUUCAUCAGAUUUGAAUGAAUGCGGGAGGAACAUAAAUCACUGCCAUGGACUUGCCACUUGUACCAAUGAACGCGGAUCGUAUACGUGCAAUUGUAACCAUGGAUACGUAGGAGACGGUUUUGACUGUUAUAAUAGAUAUGCAGGCUUAAGAAAAUCAGCCAUACUGGGGAAUGACGAUAAUUACUUAAGCACUUUAAGUAACUGGUUAAAGCCUGUUAUGCAGAGCAAAUCUUCUCAAUGGAAUCGCUGUUGGCGGGCGUCGCUGAACGGCUGGGCUACAAACACCUUCCAUUCACUUUGCGACAAUAAAGGUCCAUCUGUUACUAUUAUUCGUGUUGGACAGUACAUCUUUGGUGGAUAUACUAGCGCCUCAUGGAGUAAGUGACAUUAUUUCCUUUAUCUUUUCCUACUCUUUUUGGAAAGCAACUUGCAUUAUUCCAACCAAUUCUUGACAU